AUGGAUAAAGGAGCAGCAGCAGUAACAGCAGCAGCAGAAGCAGCAUCUGCUGCUGCUGCUGCUCCGAAUGCAGCCACGUGGAGCGAUGGGGAUGCGGAGCAACAGCAGCAGCAGCAGCAGCUUCAGCAAGACAUAGCAGCUGCUGAGCAGCAGCUCGCAGAGCUGCAGCAGCAGCAGAAGACGCUGCAGGAGCUGCUGCAGCAAUGCGACGGAGAGGCAGAGAGGAGCGAGGUGGCGGAAGCUGCAGCAGCAACAGCAGCCGCAGCAGCAGACACAGCAGCAGCACUGGAGCUCAUGAAGACUUCGCUGCUUGAAUCGCGCCGGCUGCAAGUGCAGAAACAGCUGCUGCAGAUGCAGCAGGAAGAGCAGCAGCAACAGCAGCAGCAGCAGCACGAGCAGCAGCAGCAGCAACAGCAGCAAGAUGACGCUGAAGGCAGCAGCAGCGACUCGGCUAUGAGCGUCUCCGACGGCAGUUUAAGCAGCGGCGCCUCUGACUGGGGCUCAAGCAGCAGCAGCAGCAGCAGCAACAGCAGCAGCAGCAGAAGCAGGCAAGAAGGCAGCCUCUGCGUCUUUACCCCGCUGCAGAGAAGCGAUGAGGCGGGGCUGCAGUACGGCAGAGUUCGAGCAGUGGUACGCAGCACCCCGCUGCUGCAGCGGCUGCUGCUGGGCAGCAGCAGCAACAGCAGCAGCAGCAGCAGCAGCAGCGACAGUGAUUUCGCUGCUCUGUGUGACGCAUUACCAUCGGGGGGCUGCGAACUCCGCACAGCGUUGCUGAUCCAGCAGCAGCAGCAACAGCAGCAGCAGCAAGAGCAGCAGCAGCAGCAAGAGCAGCAGCAGGAGCCUCUGUUGCUGGUGGUGCCGGCCUGCCCAAUGGAGAUUUGCGAGGCGCCGUGCUGCCACAUUGCAGGUGCAACUGCUGCUGCUGCUGCUGCGUUUCAAGCUGCAGCAGAAGCUGCUGCACAGCAGCAGCAGCAGCAGCAGCCGGAGCAGCACGUUGAGUGUAUGGCUCGACGCGAAGCGGCAGCUGCAGCGGGGCUGCACCUGGAAGCCGAUGGCUUAGCAGCAGCAGCAGCGGCAGCAGCAGCAGGUGGUGGUGGCGUUAUGUCGCUGCAGCAGCUUGCUGCUGCUUGUACAUACGGAUCGCAGUGCCGCUGGGCUCACGGCUUGCUGCUGCCUGCUGCUGCUGUUACUCUUGUGCGGUUCUCACCCCGAAGAAGCAUCGAGCUGCAGCAGCAACUGCAGCAGCAGCAGCAGCAACCGCAACUGCAGCAGGAGCAGCAGCAGCAGCAAGGUGCGCUAGUGCGCGGAAGCCAAGUCCUUGUACGGGUGCGGAAGCAGCAGUGGCAGCAAGGCACCCUGCGGCUGCUGCUGCGCAAGAGGAAGCAUGCAGCGAGAGCAGCAGCAGAUGAUGAUGAUGCUGCUGCUCUCGCUGCAGCAGUCUUGCCUCUCUCUGGGGCUGCUGCGCGGAAGCAGCAGCAGCAGCAGCAAACGCAGCAGCAGCAGCAGUAUACGUGGUUUGCUCGCGUGCAAUUGGAUAGCAGCAACAGCAGCAGCAACAGCAGCAGCAACAGCAGCAGCAACAGCAGCAGCAACACCGCUGACACUAGAGGGAGAAUAUACCUCUGUAGGGCGCAGCACUUGCUGCCUGCUUUGCAGCAGCAGCAGCAACAACAGCAGCAGCAGCAGGCAGACGCUUCUGCUGAGGCACCGCGUCAUAAAUCGCUUCGCAUCCGCAGCAACAGCAGCAACAGCAGCAACAGCAGCAGCAGCAGCAGCAGCGAGUCAGAUGUUGCUGUUGAGAUGGAAGUGAGCGACGGGGAGAUAUCGGAGGCAGAGCAGCAGCAGCAGCAGCAAAAGGUGCAGCGGCUGCAGCAGUUGUUGGGGAAGACAGCAGCAGCAGCAGCAGCAGAAAUGCUGCGGCGGCUGCCUCGGUGCGCGAAGAGCAGCUGGUGGCGGCCCUUGCGCAGCACAGAGCGUGCAGCAAACAGCAGCAACAGCAGCAACAACAGCAGCAGCAGCAGCAGCAGCAGCAGCAUGAGCUGCUGCCCCCUCAGCAGCAGCAAGUACUUCGGUGUGUGGAUGCUGUACUCCAGCGGUGUGGGGCUUCGAAUAAUGCAGCGCAGCGGCUACAAGGCAGGGGAGUGUAUAGGAAAGAGGCAGAGGCAGCAGCAGCAGCAGCAGCAGCAGGGAGAGCAGCAGGCAGUACUGCUGAAUCCGUUACCCAUUGAGAUCUUGCCUUCAGGUUAUUCUUUGGAUUACAUUCGGUGCCCCCGCGUGAAGCGCGCAGCAGCAGCAAAAGCAGCAGCAGCAGCUGCUGCUGCUGUUGCUGCAGAGGAGGGAGAUGGGGCCUUCCGGCUUAUUCGCGGGUUUGGGCAGCCUGCUGCUGCUGCUGCUGCUGCUGCUGCUGAUGAGCGUGAGAAGCAGCAACAGCAGCAAGACCUGCAGUUGCAGCAGCAGCUGCACAAGAAGUACAAGAAGGCAGACGAGCAGCAGAUGCGGCGGGAGCUGCUGCAGCUGCAGCAGCAGCAGCAGCAAGUGCAGCAGCAGCUGGAAGCUGCUGCUGCGAAUUGUAGAAGACACCAAGGCACCGCUACACAAGGCCAUAGGGUGCAUGAGCACUAUCAGCAGCAGCACGCGCUGCUGCUGCAGCAGCAGCGAGAGCUGCAGCAGCAGCAAAAGAUGCUGGAGCGGAUGCUGCCGACGAAGAAGACAAACAAACUGUCGAAGAUAUUUUAA